CCACUUGUCUAAUAUUGUACAUAUCUGCAACAAUGUCUGAGCAGGUGAUAGGUGUCAAGGGACAUCCACGUUAAUAUCAGGAGCCAAGGUUUCCCAGCAAAACACUGCCGUCUUGCCUGAUUCCUGCUGCCAUCUCUUAAACCACACCAUGUAGUUCUGAUGUUCAUGUGUCCACUGAAGGCACUUUUGGCAGGAAACAGGGCUCAGUGUGGCCACUCUGACUGAUGUGCAGCUAUACAGCCCCAUACAAAGCAAGCUCUGUAAAAUCCACUUUAAAAAAAUGGGAAAAUCUUUUUUAAAAAAACUUGUUAAAAAUGGUGGAAUUCUAUAAUGCUCAAAAACUGAAAACACUGAAUAUAACAGCAAAUACCUAAAAAAAAUGAUAAAGUGUAAUUUUAAAGUCACAGUGUAAAUAAAAAAAUUACUAUUUGUAAAAAAAAACAUAUAUAGAUUUGCGAUGUGGGCAGUGUGUGCAGUUUUAGCCUGCUUUGUUUUACAGUCAACAAAUAAUUAACUGAAAAUAAAACAAUACUUUUUUUUCUGGGAUUUAAGUAGUUAUUGUCUGUAAUUUAACAAACCAGUUUAAAUAUUAGGGCUGGGACGUCAACACGUUAAUUUAUCACAGCGAAAAAUAACGCUUUAAAAAUCAUAACGUAAUUUAUUACACCCUCCUCAGUUCCCUCAUUUCUGGCACACCGGUAACUCUGAUGAACACUCCAGCCCAGUAGGUGGCGGUAAUGAACCUAAAGUCUGUCUGUAGCCAUGAAGAAGAAGCACAGGAAGUACUGAGUGAAGUCAGGCACUGGUGAACAGUGAAGGAAGACGAAAAUGAGCUUGUUGGGCAGAAAGUUUUCUUUUAAAAAUCUUCCCGAUGGCAGCUUGGAUAAAAGCCUGGUUGUGUGCAAAUUGUACAACAAAGAGUUUUCUGAUCACUGCGUCACUUCAAGCCGACGGUUCAGCUAUUCCUGUCGGCAUCGACGUUCAGGUGGAGAGCAUUGACAGUAUAUCUGAAGUCAACAUGGACUUCACCAUGACUCUCUACCUGAGGCACUACUGGCAGGAUGAUCGCCUGGCCUUCCCCUCCAGCAACAACAAGAGUCGAACCUUCGAUGCACGUCUUGUGAAGAAAAUUUGGGUUCCGGAUGUGUUUUUUGUCCACUCUAAGCGCUCUUUUAUCCAUGAUACAACCAUGGAGAACAUCAUGCUGAGGGUUUAUCCUGAUGGAAACAUCCUCUACAGUGUGAGGAUCACUGUGACUGCACUUUGCUCCAUGGACUUCAGCAGUUUCCCUCUGGACACUCAGAACUGCUCGCUGGAGCUGGAGAGCUAUGCCUACAAUGAGAAUGAUCUGAUGCUCUACUGGAAGAACGGGAACGAUUCAUUACGGACGGAAGAGAUUGUGCUCUCUCAGUUUUUUGUUGAAGACUUCCAGCCUUCUUUUGGCCUUGCCUUCUACAGCAGCACUGGUUGGUACAAUCGGCUCUACAUAAACUUCAUUCUGAGGAGGCACAUCUUCUUCUUCAUGCUUCAGACGUACUUUCCCACCAUGCUGAUGGUGAUGCUGUCCUGGGUGUCUUUCUGGAUCGACAGGAGAGCCGUACCUGCCCGAGUCUCUCUGGGCAUCACCACCGUUCUGACCAUGUCCACCAUCAUCACUGGUGUCUCAGCCUCUAUGCCGCAGGUGUCUUAUGUCAAAGCUGUAGACAUCUACUUGUGGGCAAGCUUCCUGUUUGUCUUUCUGUCAGUCAUCGAAUAUGCCGCUGUCAACUAUUUCACCACUGUAGAGGAGAUGAAGAAGCUCAAGAGGGCAAAGAUCCCCAGCUCCUACAACGCCACCCAGGCUAUGGCCUACGAUGGCUGUUUCCAUGACAACGAAAUUGACUUGGCUUCUUUCACAGAGGUCGCCAGCACCCCAAACACAGAGAGGAACACCCAGUCUCGAAACUCGACCGUCUCCGGACCCACAGAAGGCACUCGGCUACGUCGAAGGCACCCGUUAAAAAAGAACCUCAGCUUCAUAAUGAGCAACAGCUACAUGAUCGACUCGUACUCCAGAGUCUUAUUUCCUUUAGCUUAUCUGCUCUUCAACAUCAUUUACUGGAGUUUGUACGCAUAGUAUAUUAACUAUGCUGCAGAAUAGUCUUUUUGGACUACUUUUGCCAUUAAACAGGCUGCAAAAUCUUACAAUAAGCUUGCAAUUCUCUGUUUUGCUGUGGGAUUUGACUUCAGGUUUGCAGUGUCUGCUGCUGAGGAAAGAUAUCUCUUGUGAGGUAUUCAGUUGUAACAUGUAGAAAAUCCGAUUUGAACUGUUUGCAGUGCAUGAAUGUUAUUUUCAUGAAUGUUUGGAUGUUUUUGACAUGCCUGUUUUAUAAGAGCAGAUGUUUUAGUCAAAUAUAUUAACAUUUUUAGGAUUCUAUUUUAUUGCUUGAUUAGACACAGAACAAUAAAGUCUUUAAAUGUUGUACAACAUCGUUAAAACUUAAUGUAUGCUAUUAAAGGUGUGUGUCUAGCUACACAUUUUCGGACAAAGCUUUAUCUUAUUUUCUUCUUUGCUCUUAUUUGGCCUUUGGAGGUUUACAUAACCAAAAAAACAAGCAAUUUUUGAAGUCAGUGUUAGUUGCUAAUACACGUGAUUUUGACGUCAUAAUUUAACCCUUAUGUUGUCCUGCGGGUCAAAUUGACCUGUUUUAAAGUUUGAAAAUGCGGAAAAAGACAUAUAUUUUCACAGUGAAAAUUCUGAUGUCCACAUUUUCAACAUUUUUGGGAAAUUUUUGAACAUUUUUUGGUAGAAAAAAAAUAUUUCUUCAGAACAUUCAUGAAAAAAAUCAAACAAAAUCCACUGAAAUUCGCUGGAUUUUGGUUGAUCUAUGUUCUUAAAGAAAAUAUUAGAAGUUUUACUGUAUAUACAUUAGAAAUUUUAUUUUUAUAUAUAGAGAGGCGACACAUUCACAUAGAAAAUCCAACAAUUCCUUCUGUUUUUACAGUUUGUGACUCUGGUAAAUGGUGUCAUUUUCAAAGCUGGUGGGUUUUGGGCUUCACAGAUUGAACCUAAAUGCUUUUCUUAAACAAACUGCUGAGCUGCUGCACAGUGAAAUGUUUGAGUGGAGCUCAGGAUGAAAGCAUCAGAGCUGUUUUACAUGUUUUUAUGUUCAGCUAAUAUCAUUUCCUCUGGACAAUGUUUGUGGUGUUAGAAGUGGACGUUUGUAGGGAGUUUUCAGUUGUGAUACUUUAAUGCAUAAAUAUUUGCAGUGGUGGUUUCACUGCAAGCAUCUACUGAUGUCACCAGUGAAGUAAAUAAAAACAGCAUUUGUUGAACUUUACGCCUCUGUGUCUGCAGUUAGUUUAGCUGAAUCAAUGCAAAGAUAUUUCUAUUUUUCUACAUGACAGGAAUGUCAGUGAAAUCCAAAUGCUAAGAAUAAACAAGUGAUCUGCCUGGUCACAGAUCCCACUUUAAUCCAAAAUAAAGACUUUGCAAGGAAAUGAACUUGAAAUAUGAGCCACCAGUAAAAGUUGUGAUCAGACAGAAGGGCCUGUAUUUUAUCUUUGGAGAAGUUUAACAUGUAAGUUUGUGCAGCUGAUCAGUGGUGAGGCCUGUGGAUGACUGGAGAUGUGUGUGGACACUUAGACGAAGCAGCAAAUGUGUUGAAAAUGAGUUGUCUUCUCAGAGUCUUGAAGAUGUUUUGUCAGAGCUAAGAAAGAAGUAAGAGAUCCUGCAGGUGAUUGUUGAGUGGUGUUGAGGAAUUUGAAUGUAGAGGAAUAGCAAAGAGAUUUUGAAGAUAUUUAAGCCAUAAGUUGUAUUUUAUUUGUUUGCUGUUCUCUCCCAUUUGUAGUGAAGAGAAGUGAUUUGACAUGAAGAAUGUGAUUUGUGUGGCUUUGAAAUUGUGUUAAAAUGUAAAAAUGAGUGAUGAGGAGAAGAGUGUGACUUUUUAGUAUUGUGUUUUUUAGCGUGUUCUUUAAAAGUUGUAGGUAGAUUAUGUUCUUUUUUUGAUUUUGUGGAUUGUUUUUUUUUUCUUUCAGUGUUGAUGUCACCGCCUUGACGAAUAGAAGAAAAGCCUGCAUUUGGGUAUGUAGGACCGGUAGUCCAGAGGUAGUGAUGGUGGUUUGGAACCUGGAGAGUGCAGGUUCAAUCCCCCACUCUGCUCAAGCUUUUUUUUCACAUUUGGGCAAAAUUCGCCAAAAAUAUUCUUUACGCUCUUUACGCUCUUUACGCUCUUUACGCUCUUUACGCUCUUUACGCUCUUUACGCUCUUUCGGGCACUUCUUGUUUUUGCUGGAACCACCCUUCAACUCCAAUCCACUGACACUCCACACCACAGACCACAACCUUUACACUCCGCUAUCAUCCUCCACAACGUUCCCAGUGGGGAUUCGAACCGUGACCCUCCACAUGACAGACACACAACCUAUGUGUGAGCUAUCUUUCACACAAGGUCCUUCAUGGACUUUGUUGUAAUGAUGGUUGAAAGAGGUUGUCAUACAGCCAAAGUAUGUAUAUAUUGUAAAUAAAGCUGCUGUAACAAUGUAAAUUUCCCCUAGAGUGGGGAGAAAUAAAGAACUUUAUCUUAUCUUUAUCUUAUCUUAAAAAGUGUCAAAAGAGCCCUGGGCUGGAUUCGAACCAAAAACCUCCUGGAUGAGAGGCAGAUAACUUACCACUGCACUAUCCUUCCUACUGCUUGUAACUGUUAGUUUUCGUAAAUGAUGGUACACAAAACUAUUAAGGAGGUGAAGAUAAUAAAGGUACUAAGGUGGAUUUCAACCGGGGACCUUCAACAUGCCAGGCAAAAAAUUUACCUCUACACCACCUGUCCUACAAGAUGUUGCUCUAACUUUGCUUAAAUGAUGCUAGCAAUUAGUACUGGAGCAUCCAAAGGACACAUAAAAAGUGUGAGUGGGGAUUUGAACAAUGGACCUUCAACAUGUGAUGCACAGAACUUACCUUUGCACCACAUUUCCUACAAGGUGUUGUUGUAAAUUGGCUUAAAUGAUGGCAUCAAUCAGUACUGGAGCAAUCAAAGGACAAAUAAAAAGUGUGAGUGGAGAUUUGAAUCAUGUGAGGUACAGAACUUACAUUGUAGGUCUGUUUCUGAGACUGAAUACACCCAAUCUCAUCUGAUCUGCAAAGCUAAGCAGGGUUGGGCCUGGUUAGUAUUUGGAUGGGAGACUACCUGGGAAUACCAGGUGCUGUAAGGUUUUUACUUCUCCCCACAACCUGAACAAGACACUGCUGGUCAUUCACUAGAGACAGCUAUCAACUAAAACCUCUUGGUUUCUUUAUUAUACACUCUAUGAGGUGGAUAAGCUGCAGCUCAUGCUGAUUUAUUGCUGGUUCUGGUUGGAGCCGAAGAACAAAGGCGUCACCUGUUGGAGCAGCUGAUGUCCUGCAGCCUCUUCACCACAGAAAGCCUCUGACACCUUCAAUUCUUUACACUCUGACUGCAAGACACCAAUCACAUAGAAACAUAUACAUGUGUGGAACAAACAGCUGAGCUGACACUCAACAUGUGUUUGACCAUUUAUUGAUAAAGACAUUCAAACAUGUCUAGAGAUAGAACACCAAAGCACGGUGUAAGAAAGGUCAGAACAGACUUCACCUGCUCAGGAAACUGAGGUCCUUCGGGGUGCACGGAGCAAUUCUGAGGACCUUUUAUGGUUGUGUGGUGGUAUCAGCCAUCCUGUAUGGAGUGGUCUGCUGGAGCAGCAGCAUCACGGCUGCAGACAGGAAGAGACUAAAGAAACUGGUUAAGAAAGCAAGCUCUGUCCUGGGCUGGUGUUAGACAGGAGGAUGAUGACAAAGCUGUUGUCUAUCAUGGAGGACAUCUCCCACCCCCUGCAGGAAACAGGACCAUCACCGGCAGCUCCUUCAGGGACAGACUGCUUCACCCACGAUGUUUGAAGGAGGUCCUUCCUUCCUGCAGCAGUCAGACUGUGUUCAAUCAAGCCUGCUCCCAGUAGUUCAGAUCACCCAUGAAGUAACUGCAAUAAAAUGUAAAUAAGUCAAUAUGUGCAAUUUCACAAGGUUUUUUUUUUUUUUACAAGCAUUUCUAUUUCUUCUCUAAGGAGAAAGCAUCUAUUUAUAUCUGUGCACUGAGUGCUGCUUUUCUUUUUACUUUUUUUCCUAUCUGCUACUGCCACACUGAAAAUUUCCCCACUGCAGAAUCUACCUAUCCAUCCAUCUAUCUAUGGUCCAUCUACCUCCCUACCUAUCUAUCCAUCCAUCCAUCCAUCCAUCCAUCCAUCUCUCUCACGGGUGUGGGGGUUGAUUCACCUGUUCUCAAUCACCUUAAUCCACGAAGGCCCGGUUCUUCAUUCUUCCGCUCUCUGCCAGACCAGAGACUUUGAAACCAGAACCUUUCUCCUACAAUUAGUCUGGUUUCCCCUUUUUGUUUUCACCUUGGUUUAGUUAUCCUUUCUGUGUUGGUUUUAGUUUCAUUCGUUAAAUAAACUCCUUGUAAUCUUUGA